AUGCAAGAUCAAAGGGACAAGUCUAAAGACCUAUCUGAAUUAGAUUUAUUGAGACAACGAAUUAUUGAUCCUGAGACUGAAAAUGCCAAACUUAAAGCUGAUAAUGCUAAGUUAAAGCAAACUUUAAAAGAACAUGAAAUCAGAAUCACAAAUCUAGAACAGAGAGAUAAAGAAAAAACUGUUACUAAUAUGCAGAAUGAUCUUUCUGCAAAAGAUAUUUCCUAUGAAAUAAAUUCUAAUAAUACUCCCAAAAAGAUAAUUGAUAUAUCUGAUAACGCUUCAAAUUCUGAUGAUAUACAAUCUAAAAUUGUUAUGUGGAAGAAUUUAAUACCAACCUACUGGUAUAAAGAUGUCAAAAAACUCGAGAAUAUUGUUGACCAUGAUCGGAGGAAAAGAUGUCAAUGUCAACUUAAUGGUGUAUACCUUAUUGAGGUAUGGUAUAAAGAGAAUCCAGAAGUUACUAUUCCUCAAAAGAUAUAUAAAUAUAGAGAAUGUAUUAUUCGAAAAACCUUUGAUCUCACUUUAUCACAAUCUCUUUUUUAUUGUACACAACUGCGCCAAAUGGAAAGUCCAAAACAAGGAGGAGAAGGAAGCAGACAAGGAGCUUUGAGAUUAAAAGUUCAGGACAGUAGAAAAGUUAAAAAUAAGGGAUAUAUUGACCUUCAUCAUGAACAUUAUCUGCUUGAAUGUAUUUCUGCAGAAAGUAACGUUGACCUUACUAUCGACUCUAUACAACAGGCUCUAAAAAAACCUGGUAUUCUUAAAUUGCUAUGUGGAAAAAUUGUUGCAUUUUGCUUCAUACCCGAAAGAUCUUUACGUUUGAAUAGGAAAGUGAAAAAUGUCCACGAUGCCAUUAUUUGUAUUUUUUCAUCAAUCUUCUUUUCUGAUCUUCCAAUAGAUCAGUUUACACCUUCAUUUGCACAGCAGUUGCACCGACAAAUUGGAAAUGAAUUAAUUAAUAACGCAGGAUCUAAAACAGGAGAUGUGUAUUUACAAUAUCUUCGUGAAACAUGGUAUCAAGAAUCAUUUAAUCCCAGUGCACUUGCAACUUUUAUACUUGAAUGUGUAUACAAGACAUCUUAUAACAUAUGUGUAGUGAUGGAUAUUGAUAUUCAAGAUUAA